CCAUGUCCAAAUGACUGGUCCUGCCCUGCUGCCUAGCUUGCGUGACCCUGUCAAACCCAAGAAAUCCUCCACUAAUCCACCCCCCCUCUCCACGCAUUCAAUCUAACAGGUCACCUGUACUGUAAUUAGAUCCUCAGCCUGUGUACUGUUGCCUCCUAUGGACUUUGAAAGCUCUUCCUCCAUUUGUUUUUUUUGGGAAGAAUAAUUCUUCAGACUCUCAGUGAAUCCGGAUGUCUUUUUUCCUGAUCUCUUCUCGAUGUGAGAAUUGUGGGUGCAUUCGGUGAAAUCAUGCGUCGACUUCUCUAUGUGCAUGUAUUCCUAUGCUGCCUCAGUACGGCUCAUCCCUUCUGUCCAUCCCAGUGCACCUGUGUCUUCCAUGGACGUACCGAGGGAGCCGGAACCAGAUCUGUGCUCUGCAAUGAUCCAGACAUGUCCGAUAUCCCUGUCAACGUCCCUGUGGAUACGGUCAAACUUCGUAUCGAGAAAACCAUGGUACGGCGAAUCCCAACAGAAGCUUUUUACUACCUGGUGGAGCUACGGUACCUGUGGAUUACUUACAAUUCCAUAACCUCUGUGGAUACUGGAAGUUUCUACAACCUGAAAGUGCUCCACGAGCUUAGGCUGGAUGGAAAUAUGAUCUCCAUGUUCCCUUGGGAGUCUCUGAAAGAGAUGCCCAGGCUGAGGACACUGGAUCUACACAACAACAGAAUCACUAAUGUUCCCACUGAGGCAAUACCCUACCUUCUCAAAAUUACCUACUUGGAUCUAUCCAGCAACAAAUUAGCCACACUGCCCUCUGAUCUCAUGGAUAUCUGGCCCCCCUUCAACGGAGCACCCAUCUCUUCUAAUGCCUCCCAGAAAGUUGUGUUAGGCCUCCAAGAUAAUCCCUGGUUCUGUGACUGUAAAAUCUCCAAGCUGAUUGAGAUUUCCAAAAUGACUGACACACCAGUGGUUUUGAUGGACCUAUUCCUGACCUGCAGUGGACCAGAGAAUCUGGCUGGUGUCCUUUUUCAGCGUGCUGAACUUGACAAUUGUGUAAAACCUACAGUCAUGACUUCGGCAACCAAGAUCACAUCUCCUUUGGGCAGUAAUGUUCUCCUGCGAUGUGACGCCACAGGGUUUCCAACACCAACUCUUUCCUGGGCUAGGUCAGAUGGCUCGCCAGUCAACAACACAGUCCAGGAGUCACCUGCAGAGGGCAUCAGAUGGUCCAUCAUGAGCUUGCAUGGAAUAUUGUACAAAGACGCCGGAAACUACAGUUGCAAAGCUAAGAGUGUUGCCGGAAACGCACAAGCCAUUAUUUCUAUUUCGGUUGCUGGUACCAUCAGUACCACCAUCCCUCCACUGAGGCCUAGCAUCGAAACAGGACCGACCAGCCAAGACACAACAUUUACUCCCCCAACAGACAUUCCCAACUCGCCCGUCAUCAUGUCUACAUUUCUCCCAACAACACUAUCUCCUGUCCCUAAGAAGCCGAAAUCUACCCCCAGCAACAGUAUACAGAAAGGCUCACCCAAACAAGGAAAAAUCCAGCAAGGAGGUAAUGGGAGAAAGCUUGCAGCAGAUGAAAAGAGCAAGAAAAGUGAUGCAUCAAAGUCUGUCAAAGACCUUAAGAUUGUAGAGGAAACAUCUGACACUGCAGUGUUGCUCUGGACAGCAGAUGGGUUACCAAAUGAUGCCCCACUCACAGUUGUAUAUUCACCCUAUGGCGAGGAUGACAUCAAAAGGACAGUGGAGACUAAUGCUGGCAGUGGAAAAGUGUUCCUAGAGGGACUGUCAUCUGGGGUGAGGUACUCAGUUUGCCUUGUAGCAAAAGGGAGUGCUGCUGGAAAAGAUCCUUGCAUUGACUUCUACACACUGGACAAUAUAGAGGAUGGUGGGCAGAACCAGCUCUUCGUUAUCAUAAGCGGCAUUGCCUGUGCUUUGGUUCUGCCUCUUAUUGCACUGUUGCUCUACAAGAUUCUCGCUCUGUACUGCAAGGGACGCAACAAAGCUUCAAACGAAGAGGAGCUUGAAAAAGAGAGCUAUGUCAAGUUUGAGACAAUUUCAAUGAAACAAAGGACCUUGAACUCUCGUCCAACUGAGCUUUGGGCAAGGAGACAGACUCAGGAAUCAGAGCGAAUGCUCCUGUGCUCCAGGUCGAGCAUUGACUCCCAGAUGACCUAUAAGAGUGACAGUUCCCGGUCUGAGUAUCUCUGCUGACGCCAGGAAUCCAUGGCCAAUGCCCAAACGCCAUGCUAGUAACACAUUAUAUGAAAUACUCUUUAAAUGCCUUUUAUGACACUGAAACUAUUAACUAUGAAAUCAUUUAUAAAUCUUUAUAAAUACAUAUAUAUUGAAUUUUCUCACAUCAGUGGGGCUGUUAAGAAAUCAUUUGCUGUAUUGACUGGUGUAUCACAUAUAUUCUAUAUUUUCCAUCAACCAUUAAUUUAUAAAGAUGUAUAUAAUGAUUUAGAAAAGUGUAAUUAACAUGACAUGAGUUAACACUGGACCAACAGACCUGGAGGUCAGAUCAGUCAGUGACUGAUAUUUUCAUUCAUGCCCUUAUUUAUUUUGGAGCCUUAUAUUUGAUAAAGAAGUUUGAGUGGUUGUCACUACAGCAUGACAUCUUUGUUUGUUUCUAUACAACAAAUAGUACCAUACAAAGAGCCUGUCAGUUAGCUGUGUGUGACGUUUUAUCUUAUACCCAAUGCCAAAGUUUAAGCGUCAGAUAUGAAUAUUAUUAUUAUCAUCCACUUUCCAUCACAUUUACAACAUCAUUGUUGCUUUAAGUCUCAAGCUGAUUGUUGCCUUAAUGGACAAGAAAGUACUGCCAUUGUGUUUGAUAGAAUAUAUGACUCGUCUGAUAAACAUUGCCUGUUUUAUGACUUUGCGUAUAUAUACAUAUGUGUCUAUAAAUGGAGUUUUACAUUUGUUUUUAAUAAAGUGUUGAAUUCUAUUUGUGUUGUGUAAUUAUGUUGUACUAUGUUAUCCGAAUAGGUAGGUGCACAUAAAAUAGGUGUCUCAAAAACAAUUUUCCAAACAAAAAAUGUUGCCUGUAUGCAUUGCUGCAUUUAUUUGUAUAUUUGAUUAAACCCC